AUGUCCCUGCCCCGCGCGGGCGGCCCGGUGGCCCUGCCCGCUCUGGGGCUGCUGUGGGGCAGCUGCUCGGGUCUCGCUCUGCUGCUGCAUGCGGAGCUGCCGGUGCCCAUGGAAAGGGCCAACAGCCGCCUCUUCCCGGAUAGCAAGGUGCAGGUUGAGCGGGAGAUCUUCCGAGCCACAAAGGCUGCGCUGCUGGCCGUGAUCGCCUCCCACGCCCUGCUCAUGGCCUUUGCGCUCAAACUUAAGAUGACCUCAGCACUGAGGCGCCGUGCUGCUGCCGCAGCUGCGGGACGUGACCAUGCUAACGGCGGCAGCGCCUCCGCUGCCGCACAUGGCGGCGCCCAGCCCUCCUUCGGCAUCUCCCCCUCCGACCUGCUGUGUGGCCUGGUGCCGUCGGCCGUCUUCACCAACUAUUGUGCCAUGCUCAAAAUGGAGGGCGCGGGCGCACUGGCGCUGCAGCGGCUGGCACAGGAGGGCCUGGCCUGGGUCCCCACGCUGGGCAACUUGUUGACGCUGGCGGCGUUGGGGCUGGGGCUGGCACUCAAUUGCUUCCUCAACGGCGGCCUGGGGGCACCGGAAGCGAUCUUCAUGCUGGCGCCCAUACUGCUGCUGCUAAGUCAGGACGUACUCAUCCUGCCAGGUCUGUCCGAGCGGCAGCGCUACUGCCCCCCCCAGCUGGCCAUCAGCGCCUACCUGCUGCUGACUGGGGUUGUGCAGGCCGUCACGGAUGUGCUGGUGGGCGGAGGGGCGGCAGCGGCCGCUGUUGGCCUGCCACCCGCGCUGUAUUUGCUCAAGGAGUUGGGAUUGGCAGCCCUGGCGGUGCCGCACCAUAUCAUCUUCCUGCGCUAUCUGUGGACGCUGCGAGCCGAGUCCUGGGGCACGGCGCUGCUGGUGGCGGCGCCCGUAUGUGUGCUGCCGCUGGCCAUGUGCGAUGUACCCGCGUUGCGGUUCUUUGGCGCCGUCGGUUCGAUGGUAGCGGUGCUGCAAUACUUCAGCAUGAAGCACAUUUUGGAUUGCGACAUCGAGUAUCCUGAGCCGGACACCUGCGGCCUGAGCCUCCUAAACGGCGUCCGGAUGCAGCUGCAGCCUGGCCAGGCCCUGGCCAUCCAAUUCCGCAAUCUCAACUCCUCUUCUGCUCAACUCAGUCGCUUGGUGAUCAGCGCAGAGCACAUGAGCGCCACCCUUACUUUUCAGGCUGGCAGCAGUGUUGGUGGCGGCGAUGCGGUCAUCAUUGGACCUCAGCGGCUUUUCCUCAUUUCGGGUAUGUGUCCCAAUAUCGCCGCCCUCACUUCCUGCCUACACGACGCCUUCCACGGCGUGCCGCAGUACCGCGCCUGCCAGUCGUGUUUCGGGAUUAAUGUGGUUGCGGAAUUGUGGGAUCUGGUCAGCAGCACCGGUUACGAACACCUGCCAAUGGUUGGCACGGCGGCGACGGUGGGCGAUACGUCGUACUUUCGGAGCCAGCUGCCCGCUGACGGUUCGGUGCUGUACUUCCUGGCAUCAGCAAGUUCGGGUACCGUACUGUUGGACUACGCACGCGCGGCACGGUUGCUGUAUUUGCCGAGCGCGCAGGUGUCAUACUCGCCGCCUGGGAAGAAGUCCUUUGGAGGCAUUCGGGGCACUGAGAACGGCCCUCCCGGCGUCAGACGUGGUCCCUCUGUCGUCGUCGGUGGCGGCAGUAGCUCGUCGGACAGCAAAGGCGCCGAUGGCAGCAGCACAGGAAACGAUACUGCCACAGAUGGAAGUAGCAAGGGUAGUAAUACGGCCGGCGAUCGCCAACCACCCCCAGGCUCGAUCCCGAGUUGUGAUGACAGGGGCACCAGCAGUAGCAGCUGCAGGGCCAACAUUAGUGACAAUAACAGCGGCAUCAACAGCCCUCCGUCCCCGUCGUUUUACUCUACGACAGGCGGGGCAAAAUGUCAGCAAAGAAUCCCGCUGUUGUACCUAAUGGUUUUGGCCGCGGUGGCCCAGCGGCUGGGGGACGGGGUGCUUCUGCCCCUGGCUCCAUGA